ACGGAAUCUGUACGGCGAUGAACCAUGCGAUUGCAGUAACGGCAGUCAUAUACAUUCAUGGGUGCACGCGAAUCCGUAGGUCGCAACACCGAAUCCGAAGAUGCAGUUCCCGAUUACUAUGAGCUGCUGGGUGUCGAGGAAUCGGCAAGCGCUGACGAGAUCAAGAAAGCCUUUCGAAAAUUAGCCCUUGUCCAUCAUCCCGACAAAAACAAAGAUGAUGUCGAAGGUGCCACAAAAAGAUUUGCCACUAUCCAGCAAGCAUAUGAGGUGUUGAGUGAUGACCAGGAAAGAGCCUGGUAUGACUCUCACAAAGCAUCUCUGGCACCAGAACCGGAUGCGGAAGCCGUCUUCGAGGACAUUCGAAAAGGCGCUCCGCCUCCCCGCGCCCGCGACAGAGGCCUGACUGUCAGACAUCUUGCUCAAUUUUUUGAUGCGACUGUCUGGUCAGGCUUUGAUGGUGGCGAGAAUAGCUUCUUCACAAUCUACCACAACCUCUUUACACGUUUGGCGCAGGAGGAGAACCUCAUCUCUGAGAUCGACUAUCCCAGCUUCGGAGAUCCCUCCUGGCCCUGGUCUACGCCCAAGUCGACAGGCCAGCCCGCUGCGCGCGAUUUCUAUAAUGCGUGGAUUAACUUUGUAACCUUCAAGGAUUUCGUAUGGACGGAGCAGUGGAAUCUUGCAGAAGCGCCCGAUCGCCGAGUACGACGACUGAUGGAGAGAGACAAUAAAAAAGCCAGGGACGAGGCGCGAAAGGACUACAAUGAGACUAUCAGAGUAAUUGCUUUCAUUUUCAUCGUACCCAAAGAAGUUCUAAAUAGUAUGCAGCAACUGGCCCUUUUUAUUCGCAAGCGCGACCCGCGGUACAAGGCUCAUCUCGCUGCACAAGCUCAGGCCAACAAAACCUUAUCACAAGCCAAAGCUCCCACAUCUGGAUCAUCUACACCGCGCCCGCAGCCCGCCAAGGUUUAUGUAGAGCAAGACUGGCAAAGAGCAGGUGGCACGGAUCAUGAUGCUGAUGCUGACCUCGAAUGGGCGGCCGGCGAAGGCAACGCAGAGGAAUGGGAGUGUGUCGCAUGUGGGAAGACGUUCCGUAGCGAGGCUGCAUGGGACAGCCACGAGCGUAGCAAGAAACACAUGCGUGAGAUCGAGAAACUGAAAAGGGAGAUGUGGCAAGAGGAGGAAGCAAUCGGACAUGUUCCAGAGGAGGGAGAAAGCAAUGAGAAUGAGGAGGUGGAUGGAGACGUUAAUAGCGAGUUCGUUCCUUCACCCCCACCAACACCUCCAGAGCCCCCAGAGCCGGUACUCGAAAAUAGAGACGCAGAUAAAGUCGGUCUACCCACCGAAGAACCCCCGGUUGAAGACGAUGACCAACUCAUGCAGAAAAGGGGCAAGAAGGAAAAGUCCAAGCUCCAAACAAGACCGUCAAACGAUGCGCAAGCCCCCUCCACCCCAAUACCAGAAAACGGGGAUGGUUCUCAGGAUGUAGCGUCUUCCCAGCCCGAGCUUACAAAACGGGAGAAACGAAAGCUCCGAGAGGCGAAGAAGGCUGCCAACGUCGAGGCAGAGCGCAGCAUGGUUUGCAACGUGUGCAAAAUGCCCUUCGAGAGCCGCACGAAGCUGUUUGCCCACAUCAGGGACACAGGACACGCACUUGCUGAGCCCGAAGAGCCGGCUCGAGGGAAGAAAGGGCGCAAGGGACGAUAG